AUGGACCCAUUCACUCUUGUUGUCAUCAUUGGAUCGAUUGUGACGAGUACAGCCAGUUUCACGUCGUCAGUCUCUAAAGUCGCAGAUGGGUUGACAAGAAGCGACCCCUCAUUAAAGAAUACUAUACAAGAACUGAACGUUUUGAUGCUCGUCCUUGGCGAAUGCGAGAACAUCUUCACAUCAGGAACAGAGGUAUCCAAAGCAGCAGAGGGGGCCUUGUCCAUCUGCUUGGAGCGCUACAACCAUCUCAUGGAAAUGCUCCAACGUUAUAGAAUUGAAUCUAAAGGCUCAUUCGCAACGUCCAUGAGAAAACUUCGAGUUUACUUGAAAGAAAGUGAACGCAAACUUGCGUUCGAUGCAUUCCGAGACUCGGUGAUAUUAUUGCGAGACCUAGCAUCAGAAGUUCGAAUGAACAAGCAGCUCGUUAAAAUGAGUGUAGGAAUGGCAGAGCUUAUGGCAGACUUCUCUGAACCAGAUUCCGACCAAGCUGCUAUCGGCUCAUCGAGCAGUCAAAGCCAGGGAGGCCAAUUACCACCGCAGAUACCGGUCAGGAGUUACACCGGGAGCUCAUUACCUCCUGGCAAACGAAAAGACGCCAUGCAAGCAUUUGCAAAACUCAUCGAGGCGAAUUUCACUCGCGACGCCACCAUCAUUAUUGACAAGCAGUCUGGCGAGGGACCUUCAAGAUUUCGAUACAUUCCUGUCCGAGCCAAAAUGGACACUGGGUGUGACGACAAUCUUAUCUCGCAUGAAUUGCUGACUGACAACGGUGUUGUCGAGACAAUGCUAGUGCCCAACGACGAGAACAAGGAGUUCAUGAGUGUUCAAGGGUUCAGAUUUAGUCCUGAAUAUCAAAUAGAACUUACUUGGUAUCAGGACCGAGAGAUGAAGGCUAGACAAUCAGUCUUCCAUGUUGUAAAAGAUGCGCCUUUUGAUAUUCUUCUUGGUUCAAAACGUAUGGCUAUGGAGUUGCAAAGUCCUGCCCUGAUCCUGGCCAACAGACACAAGAAAAAAGCUGAAAUUGCGGCUCAAAAGGCCAAUUACGAUAAGCAGAAAAGAGAAGCUGCCGAUCUCGAAUUAAAGCUACUGCAGCAGGGGAAAAAUGAAAGAGACGCACUUGCUGCACAACAAGCUGCCGCUGUUGCUGGAGCGCAGGCGCAUGGGACAACUCCAACCGGACCCAACGCUCAAGGAGUGGCACAACAAGCUGCGGCUGCCAUCGUAGGACAGACUGGCCGGACAAAUCCAGCAGGGACAAUCCCAGCAGGAACCAGCGGGCAAGGAUCAGCACAGCAAGCUGCAACUGUUGCUGGACCACAAACCGGCGGGACAAAUCUAACAGGAACCGGCACUCAAGGAACGUCGCAAACAGCGGCGACAGUGGCUGGUCCCCAGCCUCCCGCGCCAAACUCAACAGGUACCAACACUCAAGUUACUGCGCAACAAGUAGCGGUUGGCUCUAGAACAACUUUCAGAGGGUCCAACACUCAAGGAAAUGGAGGUGCUACAAAUAAUGCAGGCUCGGCUACACCCUAG